AUGGUAACAGAUAGCCCGGAAAAGUGGCAUGAAACGCUAGGAAAUACUUUGUGGGCAUACCGAACCUCUAAACGGGCAGGAACGAGGACAACUCCUUAUGCUUUGACGUUCAGGCAAGAUGCGGUUCUUCCUAUGGAAAUCAAUGUAAGUUCUGUCAGAAUUCAAAAUCAAUUCGGGUUACAUAGUGAAGAGUACAUAGAAGCUAUGUGUCAGAGGAUUGAAGAUUUAGAUGUAACCCAAAUUGAGGCCUUGAACCAGAUUCAGGAAGGGAAGAGAGCUGUUGCCCGAGCUUAUAACAAGAAGGUAAAACUGAAGUCUUUCAAGGAAGGAGAUUUAGUAUGGAAGGCAGUCCUCCCUCUAGGAGCUCAGCUUAUGGGCUUUGGGAAAUGGAGCCCGACAUGGGAAUGUCCUUUUAUUGUUAGUCAAGUAUUAGACAAGGGAGGAUAUUACUUGGCUGAUCUUGAAGGAAAUUGGCAAAAACAUCCCAUCAAUGUCAAAUUCUUAAAAAGUUUUUGGUAUCUUCAUGGACAAAACCUGGUCAGGCAGGUGAUCGGGUUGUGCGGCCAAGAUGAGCUUGGUAAAGGACCCUCGAUAAGGAUCAUCACCGGAUAUGAUGGUGAAGCCCAACUUAUCAAAGCAACGAGCAGGAGGGCAAACCCUCAGGAGAAAACCGCCUGA